UAUGUAAAUGGAAACUAGAUUAAGAACUAAAACCUGUCCCAAAGUAUAGGAGAAUGUAGUUUGUGGUGAUUUCAUCAUGAUAAUCUUAUUUUGGGUUUAAAGUCAUGGCUUAAAGUUUAUCACAAGUUUCCUAUGCUGAAGAUCUUUUUGGCAGCAUUUUAAAUAUUUGCAUACAGAAAAAAGCAGUAUAAAAUCUAAAGAUUUCCACCACACUGAAAAUGAGGACCUGAGAUAAUAUUCAUUAUAACAUUUUUUUCUAUACAGUACCACUACCAAUAAAUAUAAUUUAUAAUAAUAAUAAUAAUAAUAAUAAUAAUAAUAAUAAUAAUAAUAAUAAUAAUGAAAUUGCCCAAAUUCAAUGAAAUCCCUCUUUUGGGGUGGGUCAGUAGAACAUAAUGUAAUACCAUUUGUUGGGGGGGGUCCAUACCCAUCAGCUGUUGAUCAUAAAUACUUUUUGUACAACAUUUUAUUUUUAGUGAGGGAUUUAAGGUUGGAUCCAAAGACCCCACAGUGAAAUAAUGAAGUGUAUAUUGACUAUGGUCAAUUUUAGUCAAAUGUUACACCUUGUCACUUUAGUAUUUACAUAACAUACUUAUAAAGCAUUACACAAAAUAAUUACCUUGUAUCAAUUACAUAGGAUGUUUCUGAUUCAGAUCCUACUAUAGCAACACUACUGCUUACAUUAAAACAACAACAAUCGACAAUAUAAAAAUACAAAUAUUUUGGGCGAAUCUCGGAAGUGUUAAAUAAUAAUGGUUAAGUAAACGUAUGAUAUAAUGUUAAAGAUGUUGGAAAAUGAUAAGCUUUAGGCUAAUACUGUCAAAUGUAGAUCUUAUGCUUGAGGCUGCAGUAAGAGAUGCGGACAGAUAGUGCGGGGGGAGGGGUGGUGACCAAACUAAGUCACGUGACGGUCACGUGACACUGGAGUCAGGCCCAGCAGAGUGGCAGCAACACAGAAGAGAAACCUUUGGCUGUUUGGGAUUCCCGACCUUGAUUGGUGGCAGGCACGGUGAUGUAAUGACAUUGCCGGGAGAAGGGACCUUCUGCAGAUGGACUGUUGGUACAUGGACUUCCGAAGUGUAACAGAUGGGAGAUCAAAAUUGAGGAGAGUGUAGACCUAAUCGGAUCCCACUGACCACUCAGACCAUUAGAUAGUGAAAAAAAAGCUCUCUAAUGGCCAAGCGUGAACCAACACUGGGAAUUACUAUCGGACAGCCGUCAUCCACUGUGCUUGUCAAAGAUUGAUUGAAUAUACGUUUUUGCUUUGGUGCUGUAUUGUGUGCAAUUUGAAAGAAGAUUUGGAGGUUGCUUGCAGUGCAGUGGGAAUAAUAGAGCAAAUAUAUGACGAGUAAUUGAGGACUUUGUGUAGCUGUCGCGGUGAAAUAUUGAUCAUGUCAAAUUAAGAUUCUCAGUUAUCUACAGCAGGCUCAGUUUGCCUCCAAGGAAUUCAAGAUAAAUCACAUGUGAGAUUGGUGAUCUGAAAUUCGAAUGGCAGGUUAUUUACAGAAUGCAGUUUUUUAACUGAUGCUGUUGGAUGUACUGCUAAAGCUAUCUGGAUCUUUUCUUUGGUCAGUUUCUACAUUUCAGGAUUGUAUGAUGAUGAUUCAGUAUAAGGAACAACUUUUGUCUUACAAGAUCGUGCAGGCACUUAAUUUGGAAUUUAUAGUCUUCUGAGCUUGGACGUGCAACUGUCAGUUCAUAUUGAGGCAGUUGUCAGACUUGGUAUAAUCCUUGGGGAAGCCAAUAUCUCCUGAAUUGGUUUACCUGACGGGGAGGAGUGCGCAUGUUGUCUCUUCGGGAAACUGGAACAAUCCUUGCCAUGCCCAUGUAAUGAGCAUUUCUGACUUUACUAUUCAGUGGAUAGAUUUUCAUAGUAAUUGUUAGGUUUGUAUUUCUAAAGAGCCUAAAUAACCACCACCACAUCCAAUACUAAUAAUACAAAAACUGAGACCACCUUUCCUGCCUACUUGCAACCGUAUUCUACAGCAGGAUGUUUGCUGCUGUGGAACAUGGUCCUGUCCUUUGCAGCGACUCUAACAUCCUAUGCCUUUCAUGGAAAGGCAGAGUCCCCAAGAGCGAAAAGGAGAAACCAGUAUGCAGGAGACGCUACUACGAGGAAGGCUGGCUGGCCACCGGGAACGGCAGAGGGGUUGUUGGAGUGACAUUCACUUCCAGUCACUGCAAAAGAGAGCGGUAUCCACAACGGAUCAAUUUCAAUUUAAGAGGACACAAUAGUGAGGUGGUGCUGGUCCGAUGGAAUGAGCCCUUUCAGAAGUUGGCAACCUGCGAUGCUGAUGGAGGGAUAUUUGUCUGGAUCCAGUAUGAGGGCAGAUGGUCAGUGGAACUGGUGAAUGACCGAGGAGCACAGGUGAGCGACUUUACAUGGAGCCAUGAUGGGACCCAGGCUCUUAUUUCAUACCGGGAUGGCUUUGUACUGGUUGGGUCAGUUAGUGGACAAAGGCACUGGUCUUCAGAGAUCAACCUGGAGAGCCAGAUAACUUGUGGAAUAUGGACACCGGAUGACCAACAGGUGUUGUUUGGCACUGCGGAUGGCCAGGUGAUCGUCAUGGACUGCCACGGGCGGAUGCUGGCUCACGUGCUCCUCCACGAGUCAGACGGCAUUGUAAGCAUGUCCUGGAACUACCCCAGCUUCCUGGUGGAGGACAGCAGCGAGAGCGACACUGACUCGGACGACUAUUCCCCGCCACAAGAUGGUCCAACCGUCUAUCCAAUUCCAGUACAGAACAUAAAACCCCUGCUCACAGUCAGCUUUACUUCAGGGGACAUCAGUCUAAUGAACAACUAUGAUGACCUGUCUCCUGCUGUUAUCCGCUCAGGACUGAAGGAUGUCGUUAUUCAGUGGUGCUCACAGGGAGAUCUUCUGGCAGUGGCAGGGAUUGAGAGGCAGAGCCUACCAACAGACCCCGGUUGUGUCCCCCUUUUAAGGAAUGCGCUUGUUCAAUUUUACAAUGUCCGUGGAGAGCAUAUCUACACUCUGGAGACCCCAGCCCAGCGGCCAAUAACUACAAUAUGCUGGGGACACCGAGACUCGCGACUGUUUCUGGCUUGUGGACCGGCGCUGUACGUUGUUCGGGUCGAACACAAAGUCGCCAAUCUGCAACUCCUGUGCCAGCAGGCAAUAGCUAGCGCCCUGCGUGAAGAGAAGGAUAUCAGCAAGUUGACACUGCCGUCCCGCCUCUGCUCAUACCUCACCACUGCCUUCAUACCAACAAUCAAGCCUCCCAUCCCUGACACAAACAAUAUGCGGGACUUUGUGAGCUACCCAACGGCAGGGAACGAGCGGCUGCACUGCACUAUGAAGCGCACAGAGGACAACCCUGAGGUGGGCGGCCCCUGCUAUACGCUCUACCUGGAGUACCUGGGAGGCCUGGUGCCCAUUCUCAAGGGAAGACGCAUUAGCAAGCUGCGCCCAGAGUUUGUCAUCAUGGAUCCCAAGACUGAUGGCAAAGCAGAUGAGGUGUAUGGAAACAACUUGAAUUUGUCCAUGAUCGACAGCUGUAACUGUUCUGACUCCAGUGAUAUCGAGCUGAGCGAUGACUGGGUUGGAAAGAAAUCGCCAAAGAUAACAAGAGGCAGCAAGUCGCCCAAACUUCCCAGGAUUAAUAUUGAAGCUAGAAAAUCCCCUAAGCUUUCCCGGGCUACACAGGAAAUGUCCCGGUCGCCACGGUUACCAAUCAGGAAGACUUCCAUUGGAUCUCCCAGUCUGGCUCGCAGAGAGUUUCCUUUUGAAGAUAUCACUCAGCAUAACUAUCUUGCUCAGGUCACUUCUAAUAUCUGGGGAACAAAGUUCAAGAUUGUAGGACUUGCUUCCUUUCUACCAACUAAUCUUGGUGCAGUUAUAUACAAGACAAGUUUGCUGCAUCUUCAGCCUAGACAGAUGACUAUUUACCUGCCAGAGGUCCGUAAAGUUUCCAUGGACUACAUCAACCUUCCUGUGUUCAAUCCCAAUGUGUUCAGUGAAGAUGAAGAUGAUCUGCCAGCGACUGGAACUUCUGGAGUGCCUGAUGACAACCCCACGUGCACUGUAAACAUUCCUAUUGCUCCUAUUCACAGCUCAGCUCAGGCUAUGUCUCCAACCCAGAGCAUCGGGCUGGUUCAGUCCCUACUAGCCAAUCAGAACGUCCAACUGGAUGUCUUGACCAAUCCCACUGCCACAGCAGCAACAUCUGCUGGGGCCUCAGAUCACAAUCAGGACAGAGGGAUGGGCACCCAGUAUCAGGUGUCCAAUAGGUACUCCAACCCUGGCCAGGUGAUCUUCGGAGGGCUGGAGAUGGGACGCCUAAUUGUUGGUCCUCCACCUCCCCUUCUCCAUCCCCAUCAGCAACAGCAGCUGCCACCAACACAGCCGCCCAUGUCCUACCACCAGCCUUCCCAUCAGCCCUCGCACCAGCCGUCUCAUCAGCCCUCGCACCAGCCGUCUCAUCAACUUUCGCACCAGCCUUUCCAUCAGCCCUCGAACCAGCCAUCCCAUCAGCCCUCGCACCUGCCUUCCCAUCAGCCCUCGCACCAGCCCUCCCAUCAGCCCUCACACCAACCUUCCCAUCAGCCCUCGCACCUGCCUUCCCAUCAGCCCUCGCACCAGCCUUCCCAUCAACCCUCGCACCAGCCUUCCCAUCAGCCCUCGCACCUGCCUUCCCAUCAGCCCUCGCACCUGCCUUCCCAUCAGCCCUCGCACCUGCCUUCCCAUCAGCCCUCGCACCUGCCUUCCCAUCAGCCCUCGCACCUGCCUUCCCAUCAGCCCUCGCACCUGCCUUCCCAUCAGCCCUCGCACCUGCCUUCCCAUCAGCCCUCGCACCUGCCUUCCCAUCAGCCCUCGCAUCAGCCCUCGCAUCAGCCCUCGCAUCAGCCCUCCCAUCAGCCCUCCCAUCAGCCUUCCCAUCAGUCAUCCCAUCAGUCUCCUCAUCAGCCCUCGGGACCAAUCCAUCAGAUACAAGGGGCGAACCAGCUACCACCUUCAACUGCAGAACAUGGGACUGACAGGGACCAUGAGCAUCUGCAAAAAAGCAAGCCUCUCCGGUCUGUACCCCAGCUGGCUGAAGGGGAUGCUGUGGUCUUCAGUGCCCCUCUGGAGAUCCAGAUUAGCAAAAUGAACCCUCCACCGCCAUAUCCUGGCACUGUGGCAGCAGCUGCAGCAGCGGCGGCUGCAGCUUCAGCCGCAACUGCGGCCAAUAACAGUAAAGCAGCUUCACCUUCAGUGGAUCUGUUCCUCAAGAAGAAUGAAUUUUCCCUAUACCUGGCAGCACCACAGUACCAGACCCCUCUGGGCUAUGAGAGGAUAACCACCUUCGACAGCAGCGGUAACGUAGAGGAAGUGUGCCGCCCCCGCACCAGGAUUUUGUGCAACCAGAACAUGUAUACUCUGCCCGGCCCAGGCAGCUCCGCCACCCUGAGGGUAACCUCCUCUGAAGGCAAGAAGGUGCAGAUUCCCUGUGCCACAGCCACCCUCAACCGGCUCAAGGUGCCCCGGUACUCCAUCCCCAGUGGAGACCCGCCCCCUUACCCUGAUCUAGCCAACCAGACUGGGUCAGGGAGAAACCCUGGCCAACGCAUUGACAGCAGCCUCAUUCACGCCACACUCCGCCGCAACAGCAGGGAGGCGGCCCUCAAAGUUUCCCAGAUGACGGACCCACAGAGAACUCUCCCAACCAAAUCCAAGGUUAGCAGUGGUGCAGUGGCAACUUCCUAUCAGCAGAGAGUGCCCACGGCUUUAUACACUUGCAGUCAGUGCAGUAGUAGCAGCAGUAGCGGAAGUGCUAGUGGAAGUGGCGGGGGAAACAACAGUAACAGCAACGGCAUCUCGGGUGGGAGCAUCGUUCGUCAAGAUUUGCCAGCAGGGAACAGCGGCCAACACAGCACAGUUAUAGUCCAUUCCAACAGCACCUCACCACUGGCUUCUCAGUCAUCAUACAACCUGCUGAGCCCCCCAGACAGCUGUAGGGACAGGACAGAAUAUAUUAACUCUGCCUUUACAGAGGACGAGGCCCUCAGCCAGCAGUGCCAGCUAGAGAAGUCCAUCCGGCACCUGAACAUCAGUGAGGUCAGUCUGGCAAUCAAGCGUCCUCCACCCUACCAGUGGGACCCCUCAACCACUGAGGAGAUCUGGGUACCCCAGGACAGGUCGGGACUGAACGCACUCCCAGGAGCUCACAAACCCUCACCUCUCAUCCUCAACCCUGCCCAACACUUAGACGUGUCCCGUCUACCAUUUGUUCUUUCCCCGAAAUCCCCUACCAGUCCCAACGCUACUUUCCAGACUGGUUACCAGAUAACCUUGCCCUUCCCACCGGGUGCAGGUUAUGGUGGACCUCAGUUGCAGGCCAUGCAGCCAACUCCACAACCUUGUUCUCCCGAGGAAAUGGUGGCACCCGUCCCUUUCACCCAACAGGAGCCCACAAUGGUCUUGCCUCCCAGUUACCCGCCUAACCUUGCCAACCUUGCUUCCUGCCCUCUUCCGCCCAUGUACCCAGGUGGUAGUGCCUGUGCAGGUCUGCAGCUGCCUCCCCUUGCCUUGCACCCUUGGAACUCCUACAGCCCAUGCCCACCUAUGCAGAACUCCUCUGGAACGUUGCCUCACCCGCCCAAGCCUCACCUGGUGGUUGAGAAGCCAGUCCUUUCCCCUCCUCCCUCUGCAGAGCUCAUGAACCAUAUGGGUACCAGUGAGGCCAUGGCAGAGGCAGGGGACAACUUCCAAGAAGUCCUGUCUGUGGCAGAGAGCCCUAUCUCCCAACGGGCAGACAAGUUUAACAAGAAGAGCCACAAGAGGCUUGAUAGCCGGGCAGAGGAGGGCAACGUGCCAGCCAUCACAGAGGGCAAGGUGAAGAAAGAGGCCCGGGCCCUCAGUGACUUCAAUUCCCUGAUCUCCAGCCCCAGGCUAGGCCGGGAAAAGAAGAAGCCCAAGAGUCAAAAGGAGCAGCUCAAGUCCAAAAAGCUAAACAAAACUAAUGAGUUCCAGGACAGCUCGGAGAGUGAGCCAGAGCUUUUUAUCAGUGGUGAUGAACUGAUGAACCAGAGCCAGAGCAGCAAGAAGGGCUGGAAGAGCAAGCGAAGCCUGCGCACGGCCAGUGAGCUUGAUGAAUUCAAGUGUCGCAAGGCCAACGAAAAGGAGGACCGUGGCCUGGGCAGCCAGGGCUUUGUCUACAUCAUGGCCAACAAGCAGCCACUGUGGAACGAGGCUACACAGGUCUACCAGCUGGACUUCGGAGGGAGGGUGACACAAGAGUCAGCAAAAAACUUCCAGAUUGAGAUGGAGGGAAGACAGGUGAUGCAGUUCGGAAGGAUUGAUGGCAAUGCCUACAUCCUAGACUUUCAGUACCCGUUCUCGGCAGUGCAGGCCUUCGCUGUGGCCCUGGCCAACGUCACCCAGCGCCUCAAGUGAAGAAUAGAGCUCAGAGAAAGGCUUUUCUUUUGAAUAUCCUGAUUAGACUGAUACAUAAGGUUCUUGUUUAGUGUGCAGUGUAAGCGAAUUAGCCAUGGCAUCAGAGUUGCAAUGCCGCUGGCUUCCAUAUGUUGGAGCCGUAUUUCUAGUGCUGGCUGGAGAGAAGAGUGGAGACAGUGACCUAAGGGGUCAUCUUCUGGGACAUGAGCUUCGCUUACUGUGGUUGUUCUGCAAUUGUAUAUGCUGCUCUAGCUAACAGAAGCUAGUAGAAACAGUGUCCUCUUUACAGACUGCCUUAUAUCACUUGUAUUGUUUCCUUUUAAUACUGUUACAUGGAGUUUUUUCAGUCCAGUUUUUAAACACAACAGUAAUACUUGAAAAUGAUAUCUGGAAAAGGAAAAGCAAAAGUUCAUCAGCUAGAAAUUACAGGUACUACCCAGCACUGAAAUAUAUAGCUGUAAAAAAAACAAAAACAAAAUAAUAUUCAUAAUACAGUAAGUAUUUUGGCUCAGCUAUGUAUAUUUGAAACAUAGUGCCUAAUUUAGUGCUGUGUAUCAAGGACUGAAGCGGGCUACUAAACAUAAAAGUAUGUUUUGCUCACAAGCCAUGCGAUUUUUGGAAAUCGGGCACAGUACUUGAAAUGGAAGUGGCAAAAUGGAGAACAAAUACUUGAUUCGUUCUGCAAAUCAGAAGAACUUGUUAAUAAAACCAUUAUCAGCUCCACAUAGUUCAGUGCACUGAAGCUCCUAUAGUACAGUUUCUGUGUUCUUAAAUCUAUUUAAAUGUACAUAUUAUUAUUAUUAUUAUUAUUAUUAUUAUUAUUAUUAUUAUUAUUAUUAUUAUUAUUGUUGUUGUUACUGUUAUUUAUGUAACAUUAGGUCAUCUUUGUACCUUGUUUACAUUGUUGUUGAGAUGUUGUUUAUUUUAUUGGGGGGACAGGUAGCCACAUUUAAAAGGUAACAGCUUUAUAAGGGGUAAAUAAUACAUUUCUUUAUAUCUUUUUUUACAUUUCAGGUUUUGUGAUUGCUUUAAAUUUGAAUGUUCAAAUUUCAGUUUUAGAUUUUUAAUUAUACAUAUUUCGCAAAAGAAAAAUCUAAGUUGGAGAAUGUAGUACCGCUCUGACACCAGUUUGCUCAAGUACAGUCUGUGCACUUCUUGUGUCACUUCUGUGAAGUGUUCCUACAGCAUCCAUUACUGGCUACAUGACCGACACCAGUGUCGCCCCCUAGUGUUGUGUAAUCAAGGUACAGUUUAAUUUCAUUUCUACCAUUUCAUACAUUUUAUAAUGUAAACUAUUGUUUACAUAUUAAUCAAUUAGUAUACAUUCAGAAAGUGGAAAGCGUUUUUCACAAACAUGGCAAACAACACUUUUAGAACUGAACUAAUAACUAUAAAAAAAGAUUAAAAUGAUUUAACUGAAAUCUGCUGCAGAAGUGUUGGUUGCUCAUAACUAAUGCAGAUUGUUUGUUAAAGAUGGACCAGAGUACACAUUUGUACCCAUCACAUGCAGAAAACGUGUAAGUUAAACCACAGUAAAAGAGUUCUAUUAGCAUGAAAAUAUAUAUAAAAUAGCAUACUUACUGUAACGUUCUUUAAAAGAAACUGAGACAGCCUGACAAUGUUUUGGCAGGGCUCACAUCUACCUGUAUUUUCUAUUUAUAAGUGGGGGUUUUCAGCCAAACUGACUUGGAUCCAGGCUCUGUUACCACUUUUAAUUAUCUAACUUAGAUAUUCAAGACAUCAGAGUUGAAAGACCUUGAUUUGGUCUCACAGCUGUAAAACAUCUACCUUAGAUAGAACGAAGAAUUUUCAGUUUUUGUUCAGACAGAGCUCUGUGAGCUUUCAAUGGUAGAACUCAUGCUUAUAUGUGAUGCACUGUGUGUUUACAAUCACCUCUGCCCAAAAUAGGAUAUCAUUUAUAUUCUAACUGCAGCUGUUUGGUAAAAUGUGCAUAUGCACCUUUCAUUUUUAGGGCUGGCAUGGGCAUUAUGAGACUGCAGUGCAAUAUAAAUAUAGCCACUCCAUUGGAAAACACCAGCCUUGUUCAUGGACUGGAGCAGUGUAUGGAAUGGAAAUCAGAUGCAUUCAAAUCAGAUAAUUGAUCAAUAUUUGUCUUCUGUAUUUCCUGACAUCACAAGUAGUUUUAUGACUGAAUGAUCCCAGCACUUCAGAUCUAUUGGGUUGAUGAGCUGUAUGAGUUUUGGUUUCUGCUUUAGGCACAGCAGAAAAAACUCAAGACAAGUCUGUCAAAAUAUUUUUCUGUAAUACAUUCUAAAGCUGACCAUUCUGCUUAAAUAACUGCAAUCAAGGUGGACUUGCAGCAUUUAUAUGUUAUCUGAGAAAAGAAUGUCGAUGGUUAUUCUUGUUUAUUUAUAUAUUGCCUAGUGUAUUGACUGACAGUUUUUAGUUGUGCAAUAUUUUUAAUUUUAUUUAAGAAAAUUAAACGUAUAUAUAUAUUUUUUUUUCAAAUUUGAUUUGAAAUUUCAUGACAGUCCUUUUUACACAGGUUAUGUGUAGAAGAUGUGGAUUAAGGAGGUUAAUCCAUCCUUGUAUUGGUGGUUUAUAUACAGUUACUUUAUUUGUAUAAGAAUAUUUGAAACUAACAAUUAUAAUUUUGGGGAUUUGCUGGGAAGCGGUUCUUUGUGUUGAAGGUAUUUGUUCACAGUGUAUUGUGAGGAGGUCGAUGUUGAGUGUUAUGCAAGAACUAUUUGUAAUGCAAAUGAAAGAAAAUUAGUAAGUACUAAGUGGUUGAGUAUUGUAGUUUGUGUCGUAGCACAGGGCUUGUCUGUAGAGUUGAUUAAUUCUAUUGGUGUUAUUUGUGCAGUCUCAACAUAUUUUGUCAUGUUUCUGUUUCUCUUACAUGUUUUGUGUUCUAUAAAGUUUUCUCUUGUUUUUUAAUGUUGCCUUGUCAACAUGAAUAAUCUUUAAAA